AUGCCUGCUGACGCUUGGUCCUCCGAUGGAACUUCUGGCGGAUCCACUGGAGGCAUUGUCGGUGGACGGACUGCUGACCCGGAAACUGGAUGGGCACCGGAUGGACUAGCUUUGGGGGUGGACAUCAAGAGUUACAGCGCCAGCUGGAUUGGUCUUCAGACCAAGGCGUUCUGGGAAAAGGGGCUCCAUCUUCUGGAGGAGCUUCGUUGGCGGGCGCGAAGCGAGGACAUUGCAGCGGUGAAUAGUUGCCUCAGCAGCUUCGAAAAGGCGGGGCUCUGGCGCGGUGCGCUGAGCUUGUUGCAGCUGGCCGAGGAUUGGAGGCUUCCAUUGGACUUGAUCAGCUACAAUGCAGCCUCUAGUGCCUGCGAGAAGGGUAACAAGUGGCUCCUGGCCUUGGAGAUGCUGAGGAUGGCGAAGGCCUCGCUGCAAGUGGACGUGGUGAGCUUCGCCGCCAGCAUCAGCGCAGCGGAGAAGUGCGGACAGUGGUGUGCGGCCUUGGCACUACUUUCAUCAAUGUUCGACGGCCACCUCGAAACCUCUGUGGUGGCGCACAACGCGGCCAGCUCUGCGUGCGAGAAGGGCUACCGGUGGCCCUGGGCGCUGCAGGUCUUGGAUGAGCUACGAGGAAAGCAACAGGAAGCCACGGUGGUGUCCUUCGCCGCCUGCAGCAGCGCGGUGGAGAAGGCAAAGCGCUGGGACUUGGCGCUGCAGCUACAGCUGGAGCUGCAGGUUCUGGGUCUUGAAAGCAACCUGGUCUUCCACGGAUCGUUGGUGUCGGCCUGCGAAAAGGAUCAGAGAUGGCGAGAGGCCUUAGGUCUACUGCAGGACCGGCCUGGCUGGUCGCGCACCGACGUGGACCUCGGUGAACCUUUGAAGCGCUCGAUGGACGAGCAGCACGCCAUCGGCUUCGCAGCCGCGACCAGCGCCUGCGAGAAAGCCAAGUGUUGGCGAAGUGCGCUGGAGCUGGUCCAUCAGAUGCAUCGUUUGCACUUCGAGCCCUACAUCUUUUCGCUCAACGCCGCCCUGUCGGCGCUGGAGAAGGUGGGCGCCUGGCGCCCGGCGCUGCGGCUGCUGCGGCGCUUCGAGGAAUGGCGCGUGACGGCCACGGAGACCACGUGUAGCGCAGUGGUGAGUGCCUGCGAAAAGGCGCGGCAGCUUUCUCCCCAACUGUUGCUGCUGCGCCGGGCAACUUUACAACUGCAGGGUGGGGAGCUGCCGCAGCUGCCAGAGCCAGGAGUCAUCGCCUACAACGCGGUGCUCGUCACCUGCCGGGCGGUGCAAAGCUGGCGCUUGGCAUUGGAACUUCUGGACGAGAUGGUGGAGCUUCGCUUGGCCGUGAACCCCGUGUCCCUGGAGCCGGUGGUCGAUGUGCUGGAGUCGCAAAGGUCGCAAGCGCAGUUCCUGCCGAGGCUGCUUGGCCGCAGCGAUGCGCUGGGCUUGACCGCUGCGCGUCUGGUGGCGAAAACG